GUGGAGGGGUGCCGGAGCUCCAGCGCCACACUGCCCCGCGCGGGAUUUGUCGCCUUCAGCUGCAGCAGCUGCAGUGGCGGGAAGAGGGGUGGGGUGGUGAGAAGGGCUGGAGCCCCGGCCAGGAGGGAGGGACGGAGGGGGCCCUGAGGCUGUGCGGGAGAGCCAGAGGGGUGCUCUGAGCUUCCCCGCCCUCCUUCCGGAGCGAGGAUGCAGACUCUGAAACCGGCGCUGCUGGACUGAGGUGGAGGCAGGGGAGUUGCAGCGCGAGGCUCCGUGAGUGUGUCUCCUGAGCGAGGAGAGGCGGGGGAGGCGGAGGACCAGGAGGAGGAGGAGGAGAAGGAAAAGGAGGGGGAGAAUGCCCGGAGCCGCCGCCGCGAUGCUGCCAGCCCAGGAGGCUGCGAAGCUGUACCACACCAACUAUGUGCGGAACUCGAGGGCCAUCGGCGUGCUGUGGGCCAUCUUCACCGUUUGCUUUGCCAUCGUCAACGUGGUGUGCUUCAUCCAGCCCUACUGGAUUGGCGACGGCGUGGACACCCCGCAAGCCGGCUAUUUCGGGCUCUUCCACUACUGCAUCGGCAACGGCUUCUCCCGGGAGCUGACCUGCAGGGGCAGCUUCACGGACUUCUCCACGCUGCCCUCGGGCGCCUUCAAAGCCGCCUCCUUCUUCAUCGGCCUCUCCAUGAUGCUCAUCAUCGCCUGCAUCAUUUGCUUUACCCUCUUCUUUUUCUGCAACACGGCGACCGUGUACAAGAUCUGUGCCUGGAUGCAGCUCACCUCCGCUGCCUGCCUUGUGCUUGGCUGUAUGAUUUUCCCUGAUGGCUGGGAUUCAGAUGAAGUAAAACGAAUGUGUGGAGAAAAGACGGACAAGUACACUCUCGGGGCUUGUUCAGUCCGCUGGGCAUACAUCCUGGCUAUUAUUGGGAUUUUGGAUGCUCUGAUCCUCUCAUUUCUGGCAUUUGUGCUUGGUAAUCGACAAGACAGCUUGAUGGCAGAGGAACUAAAGGCAGAAAACAAAGAUGAUGGAAAUGCUUAAAGCAAAUAAGGUAGUGUGAGACCACACCAUUUCUGCUAAGCCAAUAUUCUCUAGAAUGAGCACAAGCUAAACAAAUCGAAUUAACAGCUUUCGUACAUCAACAUCAAGAAGGAAGACACUUGGGAGAGACAAGAGUACAGCGAUGAAUAUGAACAAGAGUGAAACAUCCACUUGUCAAAUCUAGAUUGGCAGAGAUGGGAGUGAUUUUCUAGAAAGAAAUGUGAUUAUGGAUUAAACACCAGCUCACUGGAAACUAUCAUUGUACAAGAUCAGAUAACAUUCACAAGAAAUUGCAUUCAUAAGAAAUCACAUUCAGGAAAUAUUUCAAGGAAGAGGAAUGUAAAUGUGCUAGCAUUAACAUGUAAAAUAUAUAUGUACUGAGGUUUGUAAACUGUCCUUUUUUUAAUCAAACUGAAAACAAAAAGCUUUAAUUUUUCAACAUUAUUUUAAAAAAGGCAGUCAAUCCUAACAUUUUUAUCUCAGUAGCCAAAAAGCUAGUCAAGCAUCAUUUAUUGAGGAAGUGUCUUAGAAAAUGCCUCUGAAUACCUUUAUAGGAGCCAUGAUCUUUGGUUCUCCCAUCUCUGCUGUUCUGUUUUUUUUCAUGUGUAAUUAGUUACAAUCACUCAGUUAAGAGAUGUAACACUUCAAAGUUUUUACCAAGUGUGUAUUCAGUUUAAAGUCUAUACAAGUUAUCACUGAGAAAGUGUUUCUGAGGUAUACUGUUACUCCAUCAAGCUGUAUAUUACAGGAAGUACAUCUUUAUAUCAUAGGUUCCCGAGCAGCAUAGAUUUCCCUAUCUUUCAGGAAAUAGCAUCAAGGAAUUUUGAAAAUAUAGAAAGUUCAUAUUCACCUCUGAUGCUCACAUGUAAUACAUAGGCUGCUAUCAAAUAAAUACUUUUUCUAAUUCUCCCUAGUAUAUGCAUAGGAAUUUAAUAUACUUUAUAAAUAGGCAUAUGAAAUAUCUCUUCUUUUCCUUCCAUAUCAUUUCUUUGACAUACAUAUCAUGAGAAAUCAUAUUCUUUCUUUCCUUUACUGACAGGCACUCAUUUUUGUUUUUUAAAAAAAUCAUUUCAUUAAACCUAUUUCUAAAUGAUAGUAAGUGGUACUAAAUAAAUAAAUAAUAAUUUAUUAGCCUUAGAAAUAAAUGAAUAUAUACUUAUACAGGUCAAAGAAACUUGGUAGAAAUAAAUUGCCUUUUGUUUACUAACAUUGGUUUCAAAAAUGUUCAAUUAUUUCUAGUUGGUUGACAUCUGAAGGUAGCUACAACUGGUUAGUUGUCUUCAACGAUCUUGCUCCCAGGUUUCCCCCCAUCCACCACCAUCCUCACCACAAAUUCUGCCAAUAUGCCACAACAGAAAAAAAUAUUUAGUAUUGAAGUAACCAAUUGCUUGAGAAUGAUCACAAGCUAAAAGGUACAUACAGGAAUAAUCAAUGUAAGCCAAACCAUGUCCCAUACCUGAGCAGAAAACAUGCCUUCAUUUUGCAACUCAAAAUUAAGAUAAGAUAGUACAAGAUGUAAUAAAGAUCACAGCUGAUCUCUCCUAACUCCUCACUGUUAGGGCCAUGCUCCUAUUUUUGCCAAAUACAGGGUCUGGCAGAAGUAACUCCUGCUUGAGUAUGGUUAGUAGAGUAUGUGAAUGUCUUUCAUGAGAUGGACAGCAAUUUGAACAUUGCACCGAAAAUAUCAUAUGGUAUGCUUUGAGUGUGAUAUUAUUAUGUUAAAGAAUUACAUACUUAUGAUUUUGUAAUAAAAGGGGGGCAUUAUUUGUGCCGGACCCCAGUAUUUCUGACAAUAACCAUCUUUUCACCAAAAAUGAGAUUAUUUUUCAAAUGGCUAAAAGUAUGUUACAAGUAUGCUCAAAUCAGUGAAAUCCAAUUCACGAAGACAUGGAUUUUCUAAAGAACUAAAUUAGGGAAUAAUUAUCUCUAGUGUAGCCAUUCUAGGAGUUAUUUUUUUGCAUUAAAUGUUAGCUCUCCCACUGCAUUCAAAUAACCCUACUUAUUAAAUUUAAUUACACACAACUUUUCAAAAAUUAAUCUUUUAUUUAAAGGGAGUUACUCUCUAUCUGCAAUAAAAAUAGAAGGCAUUGGGUUUCUCUAACCCAUAUAAAUUACAGAUUCCAUUGGUAGUUUUACAUCACUAAUAGUGGUGUUUACAAAAUUGAAGAAGUGUUUUCUAACCAUAUACAAAUGUUUUUUAAAAGUUUUUUCCAUAAAACCUAAGUGUAAUUUAGCAUACCACAGUGCUCUGAAGAUGAAUCAUUGAUGAUAUACCAUUUGUACAUAGGUAAUACACAUAUAAAUCACUAAAUGUGAAGUAUAAGAAACAUGUUUUUAUCUUUAAAAAAAAUUAAGUGACUCCCUUUCUCAUUCUGUUAUGUUGUAUUGUGUCCAAAAGUUGUGCGUAAUUUUUUAAGGUCCAAAAAAUAUUUAAAAAUUUGUUGGAAUACCUGAAUUUCUGUAAAAAAAUAAAAAUAAGAUUUUGUUAUUUUAAA